GCUGUCCUUUUCUUGUCUACCUAGGUGCAAUGGCAGGUGAGGACUGCGUACGAAAACGCCCGUCAGGCUCCAAUACAACCUCCAAGACCCCUGAGAAUGAAGAAACACAGAGGAGACCUGAGGGCGAGAGGUCAUUUCAGAACUCAAGCAAUGGCCGGGUUGAUGUUGACCAUGUGAUAACAAGAAAAAUGCAGCUAAUAGCAGAAGCUGAGCAAUUGAAGCCAGCUUUCAUGAAGGAAGUGGACAGUCACUUCACACAAUUUGUGAACAGUUUGGUGGCGAAAUCGGCACUCCUGGAUUCCUCAUCUUCAGCCUCCCUAUUCCCAGCUUCCUGUUCAGACAAGGAACUGCUCAAAGCCAGGACCUUGAGGGCCCCUCCAGAGCACGGGAAGAUCUUUACUGCCAGGAGGUCCCUUUUAGAUGAGCUGUUUGAAGUAAGUCACAUCAGGACGAUCUACCACAUGUUCAUCGCUCUUCUCAUUGUCUUCAUCCUCAGCACACUUCUAGUAGACUUCAUUGAUGAAGGAAGGCUAGUCCUAGGAUUUGACCUCUUGGUCUUUGUUUUUGGAAAGUUCCCAGUCGUCUUCUGUACUUGGCUGUGCAUGUUCUGUGCCACAGUUACUGUUCCAUACAACCUUUUUGUCUGGUGGGCCCAAGGCUAUUGCAGUUCCUCUCAUCGGGCAAUCCGCUCUCUCUGCUAUGGAAUGUUGUUCACACUGUUCCAAACAGCUGGACUCGGACUGGGACCAACCUAUAUUGCUGUAUCAUAUGCCCUGCCUCCAGCUUCCCGUUUCAUUGUAAUAUUGGAGCAGGUUCGUCUUGUUAUGAAGGCUCAUUCAUUCAUCCGGGAAAACGUACCCAGAGUCCUACGUUCUGUAAAGGACAAGUCCAGCACAGUACCUAUUCCCAGAAUUUCUCAGUACCUGUACUUCCUCUUUGCUCCCACCCUCAUCUACAGAGACAACUAUCCCAGGAAUCCCACAAUAAGAUGGGGCUAUGUAGCUACCAAAUUUGCACAGGUGCUUGGUUCACUUUUUUAUGCCUACUACAUCUUUGUGAGACUCUGCAUUCCUCAGUUUCGCAACAGUAGUCAAGAAACCUUCAAUCUUCGAGGGCUGGUCCUCUGCAUCUUCAACUCCAUUUUGCCAGGUGUACUGAUUCUCUUCCUGGUUUUCUUUGCGUUCCUUCACUGUUGGCUCAACGCGUUUGCUGAGAUGCUGCGCUUUGCAGAUAGGAUGUUUUACAAGGAUUGGUGGAAUUCUACUUCCUAUGCAAACUACUACCGAACCUGGAACGUGGUAGUACAUGACUGGCUCUAUUACUAUGCCUACAGGGACUUCCUUUGGUUUUUUGGUAAGAAGUUCAAAGCAGCAGCUAUGCUAUCUGUCUUCACAGUAUCAGCUGCUGUGCACGAAUAUGUUCUGAGCAUCUGCUUCGGCUUCUUCUAUCCAGUUCUCUUUUGCCUGUUUAUGUGUUUUGGAAUGGUCUUCAACUUCAUCCUUAAUGACCGUCGGAAGGGCCCCAUCUGGAAUGUGAUCAUGUGGACUUCCCUCUUCCUGGGCCAAGGUGUCAUCAUUUGCCUGUAUAGUCAGGAGUGGUAUGCUCGCCACUACUGCCCUGUGGAAAAUCCCACAUUCCUGGACUACUUAAAACCGCGCUCAUGGUCAUGUCAUAUGAAGAUGUAAAAAUGGUGUGCUCUGGCCACGUCGUCACAGAAUAUCAGAGUUGUCCUCCAAGUGUUUGGACCAAUGACCUAACUUACUACAGUUUUUUCUAAGGGAAGUUGUGCCUCCUGAUUAUUGGGGAGAAACUGUAAUUUUUUUAACCAUUGCUGAGGCAAACCAGUUGACCUGGUUUGCAACAGGCUUUAGGCAGUAUCUAGUACGUGCCGUCUCAUUUUGAGCCAUUUCAUGCCAGUAAAACAUUGAGCUGAAAGGUGUCUACUGGAAUCCUACUCAUCCAGGGGUGCCCCCCUGUUGCUGCUCUUCUGGACAGCAGAUAGGCUAGUCAGAUUUGCUAACAGCUCAUUGUUGGCAUCCGUCCACCUACAUUAGCCAUCCCUUUGCAAAAUUUUUUUUUUCCUUUUUGUAACAGGAUGUCCACAAAACUUGUAUUCUUCAUCAUCCUGUCUGCUGCUAUGAUGUGAACAAGUGGCAGAGCAACAGUAUAUUUGCCUCCUUGCUCUGAAGAUAGCCAAAGUAUUCCUGGAUGGCUUUGAACUGCGUUCAGUGUAUGUUAGCUGCCUACAGAUUUAAAAUGGGCAAAGAGGGAAUUGUAGUUUACUUGUGGCUGCAUUGGAGAACCAGGUUCAGAAGCAGGGCAUAGUGUGUGAAGUCUUUUAUUGACCUUUUAUGCUGAAAAUUUCUGUUUUCUCUGUAUUCAUUUAGUUCCCAACUGACUUAAUAGCAUUUUUGUUUUCUGAAGGCCCUUGCAACUUGGGGAAUAGUUUUUCUUCUAGUUCUUCCUUUCUCUUGCUUCAGAUAAUCAAUUCUUUUAACACAAUUAACUUGUAAAAGAGCUUUUGCUUUAAUUUGGCAGAUGUACAAGUUGUUAAGGUUUUCUUUAGUAAGAUAUUUGAAAUACUACAACCCAACUGUAAGAAGAUGCAAUCAACUUUACAGGUACAUAGUGCAUUUUCAUGUGAAAUGGCUACGUCCAGUCUAGUAUGCCAGCACGCCUUAGUGCCUUUUGCCAGUUUAUGUUGUAGCAGCUUCUGAUGCUGCCAGUGGGAGAUGAGGGUUGAUGCUAUGGCUGGGAUCAGAGCUGCUUUUUCAUCUGUCCGUGUCUGUUCCUGUGCCAGUGGAGGCUUCAGGUAAAGAUCAGUUUUCCAGCUAUUGCCACCCUCUGUCUGAAGAUGGAGAACAUCCUCCCAUACAAACACAUAAAAGCAGAAGCAUUAUAUGAAUUUGGUGUUUCAAUUUCUAUGAAUUAGGCAGAGUCCCUUCAGUUUCCUUGUUCUGACAGAUGCUAAACACAAAAGGGAACUAGAAUCUGAGUGCAUAGUAUCUCUCCAGUUUUGCUGGAACUGCAGCUCCCCUCAUUGGAGAGAGAUGGUAACCUGAUGGAAGUACCUUAACUUUGAUCACGGGGAUUUUUGAGUUACUCAAAUGUUCUUUAUUGGCACUUUUUGUUAAUGGCUUUUCUUCACUGACCUACAGCCUUGGUAUUUGAUACCAGCAGUAUUGGGAAUGUUUAUAUCCUGAUCCACUUAAGCCUGUCUUUUGGGUUUCUGUUUUUAAUAACCUGAGCCAAAAGUAAUUUCAUGAAAGCUAGGUAACACUCUUCCAGGUUUUUAGUCUUCUCUAAGAAGGAAUCCCACUCACGCAUGGUGAGAACAUUGUGUCAGGUCAAAUUUGCCAAAUGCAGUGUUUGUGUAUGUGGCUCUCCUCGGAAAACAUCCUGCUAGAACUUGUUUGUUGAAACAGUUGGGUUAAUUUCAGAGGAAGGGGUUCAUGUGCAUACUCAAACUUGGCAGUAUUACUACGUAAAAUCCUGAGAAUUAAAUUGAUCACUUAAUCCUGAAUCUUUCACUGUGACUUUAGUGGGAGGAAGGAACAGAAGUGCUGGAGCACCUAAGGUUUCUAUUUGAAAAAAAAAAAAAAAAAACGAACAAAAAACAACAAACAGGACAAACUGCACCACCCUUUGGCCAAGCAGCUUUGUAACCUCCUUAAUGCAGAAUUAAAUUUAGUUCUGUACAUUUUAGUUGUGGUGCUCAAAACCCGAACGUGCAAGAUGUAACUGCACUCAGUUUGGGUGUGAGGGAUUAGGGACUUACUUGCCUCUCAAUGCCUGUGUCAGGUCUGGCUGCUGUCUUGGUGUUCUCAGAAGGAGAUCAGAUGAUGGCACUUUGUGCCAGGUUCUGGUGUUUCCCUUGCAGUUGGCACUGUCGUAUUCCUAAUAAAGGAUAUCAGCAUUUA